AUGUGCCGUUUAUUGGACAUCAUUCUGGCUUUGCUGAGCCGCAUCCUGUUUGCUGUCCACGGGGCGGUGACAGUAUGGCGUGUGGUGCUAGUGAAAGGAGACAUGUACUGGCUGCUCUUAUCUGGAGUGGGUCUACUGGGUAUUGAGAUGGUCAUCACCUUGAGGUGCACAGAUCACGGAGAAUGGAAAUGGUUCUCCCCCAUGGUCUUCCUCUACCUCUGUACCGUUGUCCCCUCCAUUUGGCUCCUGGAGCUGAACCUGGUGCAGACUCCCACCAAUGAAACACUGCAGAUCACUUCGAUACCAAUUGAUUUGCCAGACAUUCCUCUGGAGCCAGAGAGCUGGGUGGCUGGUUUGGAACAGACCAUGCUCAUCGUGUUGGUGUUAGGUCGGUGGAUGAUGCCCAUGGGCCACAUGUCUCGUGACCAACUCUCCCAGCUGCUCAUGGUAUAUGUGGGCCUGGGUGCAGAUAUCCUGGAUAUCUUUGACACCUUCACGGAACCCAACGUGAAAAAUAACAUAAAGGUGAUAUAUAUGGGCUUGGCCCUCUUCACGUGGGCUCUCCUCCAGUUCCCUCUGGUGCUCACCCAGAAGAGCAGCCACCACCGGAGGAGCAAAGGACGUUUCGUCUGCUGGCAGGGCAAGAACUGUCUGACAAGCUGCUGCCCCAGCGAAGUGUGGAGCUUGCUGGUCACGGUGGGCUUCCAAGACGGACCCUUCCUGGCCUACCGCCUUUAUCUCAUGGUGAUGGAAAACGUGCUCAACCAGUUGAUGAUUUAUUUCACCUGCAAGAACAUCCUCAUCGUCCUCAUUGAGUUCUAUCGGAUGUUUGUGGUCAAGUGUGAUCAAUGGAAUGAACAGAGUGCUGAUGCACAGAGUGAAACGGCGUUGAGUCUUCGAAGGCCCAGCAUGGAGGGACAAGCGGGGGCACAGGAGGGACAGACACAGGAGGAACAAGAAGCUCCGGUGGUGCAGGAGGCGUAG